AGUGCGCUGACUGCUGCUGUUGUUACUGCUGCUGCUGCUGUUGUUGUUGGGAUGGGGCUGUAGUAGAACAACAACAACAACAACAACAGUGUUGUGUGGUGGUGGUGGUGGUGGAGCUACUGCUGUUGGAGCUUACAGGGAGGAGGUUCUGCGUGCUUGGAGGUUGAAUCCUCGCCGUUUCAUUCGUCUUUAAGAAGCUUUCGAGAGCCUCGUUUGUUCAUCAUCAUCAUCACACGGUGGAUAUACCCAGCGCUGCAUGAGAGCGCGAGCCCGCCUGCCUCAUGCGUGAGAACGAGGAGCUGCGGGAGAAGGCGACCCUCCGCUACGAGGAGCGCAUCACCGAGCUGCACAGCGUCAUCGCCGAGCUCAACAAGAAGAUCGACCGGCUGCAGGGGUCAACCAUUCGCGAGGAGGAUGAGUACCUGGAGCAGGAGUCGGAGCUCAGCGCGAGCCAGGCGGACGGUCUGGACGACUCGCAGAGCCUGGAGCAGGAGGAGACGCCGUCGCUGCCCGAGAACCAGUCCACGAUGGUGGCGGCCGAUGCCGUCGCCGUGCCGCUCGACAAUCUCCGUCCGCUCACGGGUCCUCGAUGA